GCUCUGCCUCCCUUUCGACUACACUCCAGGAGCCUGCGAGAUCUUUUCUCCCCACAUCUCUCUCUCUCUCUUUCCCCUCUCUCAUUCCUGCGCUUACUCUCCUCUGUCACCAUCUGUCACAACUGCGUUCUCACGCCCCCUCAUUUCCCCCUUUUUUCUCCCCUCUCAUUUUCUCCCUCCCUCCCUCUCUCUCCCCUUAUGCUCUUUCUCUCCAUCAUAAUCACUAUGUCACUCCCCCUCAUUCCUUCCUCAUUCUCUCUCUCUCUCAAUCUCUCUCUCUCUCUCUCUCAACCAUUCAUUCUCUCUCUUCCUCCCUCAUCCUCGCCCCACACCUCCUCCCCUGUCGCUCCCCUCGGAACCUCUUCCGAUUGGCUGGUGGCACCGUUCCCAGGAGUAAUUGACACACCGCUUGAUCUACCUAACCCUGCGAGAGACAACAAGCGCCCCCCCCCCACUUCAGCAGAAGGAGAGCUAGAGGGGCGGGGGGACCGUCCGGCUGGGCUCCACUCAGCAAACGCUGCAAGACUGCCUGCCUUCUUACCUGCAGCAGCCCUGGAGAGACCAGGUGCAAAAGUAUCAGCAGCAGCAGCAGCAGGGACGCAGAUGUAGGAGCGCAGGGGCCUGAGCAGGGAUGCCACCUCUCCAGCAGAAGCAGAAGGAAGGGGAGAUAAUCAGAGGAAUUAACAAGAAUACUAAACAUCGUCCUGGAGAGUGAAGGCAGAUAUCCAUUCUUUUGAUACACCCCUUCCGACUGAUCCAGUGGGAUAAUCACCUCCCUCUUCUGCCAUGGACAAUUUCAACUUCACCACCACACUGGCUUCCUGGGAAGAGAAUUCAACAGCCAGCUGGGCGGCCCCUGUUUCUGGGAACCUAUCCCAAGCUUCCAGGCUCGGCCUGGAUGUCAGCGGUGUCCUCAUCCCUCUGGUUUACCUCAUUGUCUGCGUGGUGGGACUAGCCGGAAACUCCCUGGUCAUCUAUGUGGUUUUGUGCCAUUCCGUCAGCGAAUCGGUGACCAACGUCUACAUCUUCAACUUGGCGCUGGCCGAUGAGCUCUUCAUGUUCGGCCUGCCCUUCUUGGCUGCACAAAAUGCCUUAUCCUAUUGGCCUUUCGGUUCCUUCAUGUGCCGGCUAGUGAUGGCCGUGGAUGCUAUAAACCAGUUCACUAGUAUUUUCUGCCUGACCGUGAUGAGUGUGGACCGCUACCUGGCGGUAGUGCACCCGGUGAAAUCGUCAAAAUGGCGGACGGCACGUGUGGCCAAGGCGGUCAGUGCCACUGUUUGGGUGCUGUCUUCUGUGGUGGUGCUGCCUGUGGUCAUGUUUUCAGAUGUCCCCCCGGGCAUGAGCACAUGCCACAUCCAGUGGCCUGAGCCAGCUUCAGUCUGGAAAGCAGGUUUCAUUGUCUACACAGCCACUCUUGGCUUCUUUGGGCCUCUGCUGGUCAUCUGCCUAUGUUACCUGCUUAUUGUUGUCAAGGUUCGGUCGUCAGGCAGAAAGGUGAGAGCGUUGACAGCCAAGCGCAAGCGCUCCGAGCGGAGAGUCACGCGCAUGGUGGUUGCCGUUGUUGCGGUCUUUGUCCUCUGCUGGCUACCUUUCUAUGUGCUCAACAUCAUCAACGUCAUCUGGACCUUGCCUGAGGAGCCAUCUCUCUUUGGCAUCUACUUCCUUGUCGUGGUCUUGCCCUAUGCUAACAGCUGUGCCAACCCCAUAAUCUAUGGCUUCCUCUCGUACCGCUUCAAGCAGGGUUUCCGCAGGGCUCUCCUCAGACCCUCCCGCCGAGUGCAGAACCAAGAAAUCGCAGCAGCAGCAACCACGGGUGGUAAGAUGGAGGAAGAGGAAGAGGAAGACGACGAAAUGGAGGCAGAAGCAAGUGAGGUCAGCAAGAUUGCCCAAAACGGCAAUGGCAUGCAAGAGUGUGCCCCCAUCAGUGGGGCAGGGGGGAGCAGUGAACAGAAGCCACUGCCAGAGGAGCCUGGGAUCUCUGAGAAGCCUAGUGUUAUGAACAUUAGCUACUUAUAGUGACUCUUUUUCUCUCUGAAACACCCUGGCAGUGACUCAUUUGGAAUAACAAACGGAAGGAUCAUUCAUAAUGCAAGGGAUUCCUAAAAAACAGAAAGCCUGAGAGGGAUGUGGGCAGAUAAAUAUCCGCUUUCAAACAGUAAAGCAAGGCCUAACAACCAGAGUGGCAGGUAGAGCAAAGGCUUCUGGGAUUUGGGUUGGAAGUAAUGUAUUUCCUUGGCUGACAUGAUUGGUCAGCUGAGUAAGGUCAAGAGUGUCUGUGUCCUCUCCAACAUCUUACAGCUGAAAACAGGGAUUCUCAUGUUUAUGAUUCUCAGACCAAGGAUUUCUGCUAAGAAGCAAUCCCACCUUCAUCCAUGCAUUAUUGCACAUCGCUGAAGAUGUUCUGUGCUAAUAUACCCUGCAUUAAUAACUCGGCCCACCAUAACAGUUUACUUAAAAUAGGACUUUAAUCUCACCCCAACUCUGAUUGGACUUCUUGGAGCAGGAGCAGCCAAUCUGCUGCCCUACAGAUGUGGCUGGAUCCCAACUCCCAUCAGCUCCAGCCAGCAUGGACAAUGAUCAGGAAUCAUGGGAAUUGUAGUCCAGUGACAUCUGGAGGACACCACAUUGGCUAUCCUGGCUUAGAGAAUAGCUAUGACUCAACCCCAUUUGGUAAUGUUUAUUACUGUUCUGAUUCAAUGGACAUGGGAAAGUGGAAAGGAAAGAAACUUAUGCACAUGGGAAAUGGGAGAAAAAGGAAGAUCUGGGGAAGGGCCUUAGCACUUGAUUUUCAUACAGAAGGUCCCGGGUUCAGUUUGCAGCAUCUUCCAGGCAGGGCUGGGAAUGGCGCAUGCCUGGAACCCUGGGGAGCUGCUGGCAAUCAGGGCAGGUACUGAUCGAGAUGGACCUCAUGGUCUGACUCAGUAUAAGGCACCUUCCCAUGUGUUCCCACUAACAAAAUGAUGGGAGCGGGUGGCACUGUGGUCUAAACCACUGAGCCUCUUGGGCCUGCUGAUCGAAAGGUUGGCGGUUUGAAUCCACACAACAGGGUGA